UAUCGAUAUUUUUGCACUCCUGAACUGAUUUUUAAUUAAAUUAAAACUUGCAACUUGUGUAUUUUUAGCGGUUCAUUGCAACGACGAUUCACAGAGACAGCACAACACAAAAUGGGCGAUAGCGUGGACCUGGAGAAGUGCUUCGAAGUGGUCAGCAAUCUGGUGUCCGAGGCGGGAAGGCUGAUUGCCCGGAACAAUGAGACGCGCCAGGAGUUUGUGUGCAAGAGCAACGACAUCGACCUGGUGACGCAGACGGACAAGGAUGUAGAGCAACUGCUGAUGGACGGCAUUCGCCGGCAGUUUCCGGAUCACAAGUUCAUUGGCGAAGAGGAGAGCAGUGGAGAGGCUGGUGUCAACAAGCUGACCGAUGCCCCAACCUGGAUCAUCGAUCCCGUUGACGGUACUAUGAACUUCGUCCACGCCUUUCCGCACUCUUGUAUCUCCGUGGGACUGAAGGUGAACAAGGUCACCGAGCUGGGCCUCAUCUACAAUCCUAUGCUGGAGCAGCGUUUUACAGCGCGACGCGGCCACGGCGCCUUUUACAAUGGCCGCCGGAUCCAUGUGAGUGGCCAAAAAGAGCUGGGCAAGGCACUCAUCACCAGUGAGUUUGGCACUGCUCGCGACGAGGACAAAAUGAAGAUCGUGAACGAGAACUUUGAGAAGAUGUCAAAGAAGGUGCACGGUUUUCGCGUCCUGGGCUCAGCUGCCCUCAACAUGGCCAUGGUGGCUUUGGGAGCCGCUGAUGCUAACUACGAGUUUGGUAUCCACGCAUGGGAUGUGUGUGCUGGCGACUUGAUUGUCCGUGAAGCUGGUGGAGUGGUCAUAGAUCCCGCUGGCGGGGACUUUGACAUCAUGUCCCGAAGAGUCCUAGCCGCAGCCACACCACAACUGGCGCAGGAUAUCACCAAAGUGCUGACGCAAUUCUACCCGCUACCCCGAGAUGACUAAACUGCUGAAAUAAUUGCGUUUUUUGUGUAUUGAACAUGCACCCACUUAAGUAAUGGCUCUCCAUUCCGUACUUAACCGAAGGCAUUUGUACCGAGCACCUGUACCUUACGAAGGAAAAUGAAUAUGCUUAAUCAUGGAUAUUCCAAAUAAAGAUUAUUGUGGAAAAAUACAGAAAUGUA